AUGGGUCUAAGAUCUAAUAAGGGGGAUUAUGUCAUAAAAGUUAUUGAACACAUUUAUGAACAAUUUCCUUCAUUUACAGAUGUGUUUACUGAGGAAACUUUUUACGUUACAGUUGUAGCAGUGGUUAUAAGUACUUUUGUUGUAGUUUUCAUUCUUUCUAGAUAUAUUACGUUGAAGGAAGUGGAGAUUUGAAUUUUUUGGCAGUAAUAAAUUAUACAUGACAAUAA